CGGAAACCCUAUCAAUUCUGGGCAUGCAGUACACCAUGACUCCCUAGUAAUCGUUUGUUCUUGACUGGCGUCUCUUUCUACUGACAAGGCUUUCAUUUCCUUCUUCCAACCCUCGCUACUUGCUUGAAGUGGCAACCGCUAUCUUCACGACAUACAACACCAAGUUCGAAGCCUUUGGAGCAUCAACCUUUCAUACUGGUACAACAGCUGUUUCUCAGCCUUUCCCAUAACUCUCUCGACGACAGCUCCUUCCCACCUUCCAUAUAGCCCGCAUGCCGAACGUAGCCACGGACAAACGAUCUCUAUUGCCGGCUUUCCAAGGCUAAACCUUCCUUCCCUCCACACCUUUUCGCACAACUUUCAUUGCGCGGGAAGCCCACAGGUACAUGCCUUCGAAACGCAGAGAUCACGUCCUUAUUCUAGCAUUUGCUUGAGCUUUUGAGUGCCAGAUAUUUGUCAUUGCCAAUUGAAUACACAGCUGUCUCUGAAUUCACGCAGUUCCCCUUCGUGCAUAUACUACUUCACCUCUUUUGCGCAUGCCCAAUGCUGGCCGCGAGGUCUUUGAUAUCCUGGACGAUUUUACAGAAGCAAGGAACCUAGCAAAGCGUCAUUACAAGACAUUCCUCUCGCUGCGAGCAGGAGUUUGACCAAGAAUAUGUCGGACGACAUGGAUCCCAGAGAAGAACUGGAGGAGCGAAUAGCGUAUGAACUCAACUUUCCAUGAUUCUGCCAUGUCCAUUGCUAACCUUCAAUUUCGUAGUAAGCUCCAAGCCUUUCCUACCGAAGCACAUUGGUUCUGCCCGAUGCAGGGUCCCGACGACAGCCAUGAUUAUAGUAAUCCUGACGAAGACGAGGACGAUUUCACGGCGGCUGAGAAACACAAGGCCAUUGCAGAUGGGAAGUUGAGGGAGGACGUUGCGUUUGGAGCAUCACUUAUCCUAGGACUGGAUGAGAACGAAGCGCCAGAGUCGCGUACAUUUUAUGUGAACGGCCUAGGGAGUUUACUGUCACAUUGCGAUCAGUGUGUCAGUAAUUGGCAUAUGAGUAGGAAAGCGUUCCUCAAGAAACUAUCCGAGUAAGUGUGGAGCCACGUUGGUUAGAACAGGAUGCUGAGAUAUUAUCAUAGGGAUUUUGACGACGAAACGAUAUCCCUAUUUGCUAGCCGACUCAAUGUUAUCGACUUCAAGAGGAUAGAGAGAGGUCUGAGUUCAGCCAGGAAAAUCUUCGAGUCCGUAGAGCCAGAAAAACGGUCCAGUUCACUUCUUGGGAAGCAGGACUCUACAACACUUUUAGCCCUUUUUGAGGCACUUUGUUGUGUUGAAUAUCAUACCUCAGAGGAGGUUCUUGUGCACAAUUUUAACUACGUCUUCUCCGAGGUUCAGCAUAGAAAGGUCCUCAAAUUAGGCGACCUCCUUCCAGCCUCAACUCGCUUCCUCUUCCAAAACGAUACGAUACGUUCGCGAUUUGCUAAUUCCGCUUGGCAGAAUCAUGAUGGUGGGCUACUUACAAAAAAGCAAUUUGAAUGGAUCGCCCAUGAUGCACUUUCCGAGGCGAUUACAAAUGUCUCACAAUUUGCCGCUGACAAAGGUGAUAUCAACCGAUUCUGGAAAGGGUUUCUCUUGAUCCUAGAGAAGAUGGAUCAUGACUUAAUAACCCAUGAUUUGCGGGGGAUGGAGGUGCAACCUGAUAUCUACCAUCUCGGUCUUCAACAUCUCGCACAGGAUUCUGAGGAUAUAGUACAACACGUUCUUGAAGCAUUUUCCCAGCUACUCCAAAAGUCGCCCAAGACCUUUUGGUCUGCUCUUGGUACAAUAUCGCCCGCCACUGUUGCAGAACAAAUAUUUCAAAGCCCGGGUUUUGGGAAGGUGCUCAACAACAAGCAGAAUCUGGAAGAUUUUGAGAACAACCCAGCUGUCUCAUGGAUCCCUUAUUUUAUCAACUCACUUGACGCUGUUCACCAGUACGAUGCCUGCCGGUCGCUUCUUCUCAACUUGCUCGAGCGACAAGAUGGGAUGAGUGAGGGUGCCAAGAUAACUUGCUGUCGGGCAGGAAUGACGGCAAUUAAAGCAACUCUGUGCACUUUCACCAACACAGAAUACCAGGUAAAUCCUUCGACCUCACUGCUAGUCAUCAAUGAUAUCAUGAGACUAGUCGACAAAUACAAAGGUAUAAUUACUGGAUGUGCAGAUAUCAACGACAAGGACAGCCCAGAGUUGAAGGAAUUGGGAAUGCUAGUGAUAAAAGAGGCACUAGCACUUGACUGUAAAGCCAUGAGUGCUGAAUUCUUUGCUCUUCAAAAAGGAACACCUAUUCAACGAGGUCUCAGAACAUAUUCCGAAUCUGUAUGGCAGGCAGUACUUGCUAUCUUCCGCCCAGGAGAUCUAGAAUUGGCGAAGAGCAUUCUGAUUGCCACAUCAUGUUUAACUGGACUCGACGAGAUCAUGCCAACGAACAAAAAGGACCUGAAUUUGCCCAAAAACCACACCCAGUACAACAAAGACUUCAAUCAGCUGAUGGACAACAUCUCAAGAGUGCUGGAGAGAUUGAGUGACUUUGAGUCUGCGGAUUUGCAAAAGCUUUGCCAGGCCUCAUUAACUGCUCGCCCAUUAUUUGCAGCUCUCGUGUCUGCUAACGAUGGCGUCUACGAGGCUACGGUCGAGGUGAUUAAGAGCGCCACUGGUGAGAUGGGCAAGAUGGAUGCGAUAGAUGUACUGCUAAGAGACUUUUUUAUUCCAACUUUAAACUCACUCACGUCAGCUGUUAUCAAAAUCACCAAAGCAAAGACUUUUUUUCCAGUACCGCAAGCCAUCAAGAUCGGACGUGAGAUUGUGACCGCCCUCUGUGGCAGUACAGGAAAACUACGAACCGACAAAUUCACGGAUGCUGAACGCACUGCUAUAUGGACGUACUGGUUCCAUCAAUGGAGACUAAUGGAUAUGGCAUUUUCUACAACCGAAUCAUGGGCUCCCAGAGUCAAUAAACCUACAUCUUACAUGCAAGACUUCUGCCGCGAUGGCAUGGAGUAUGCAGAGCAGCUCUUUGACCACUAUAAUAUUUUCGCCUCUGCACUAUCAGAUUCCGUCUCAGAAGAUGACGACAACGCUUCUUCCAAAACAGGCUCUCCGAAAGAGAGAGUUCUGGGAGUAGUCUGUCGGAAUGUCAACGGAUUGACAGGGCUGUUGAGACUUCGAGAUUCUUGGCUUAUCAGCACAAUUACUAGUCUUCUGGGGAAACUUUUACGUUGCCUGGGAGAAUCGAACCUGGAGAUUGACACCUUUGCUUCCGACUUCAUCAAAGCAGCCUGUAAACGAGAAAAUCAGAAAGACUUCAAGAAAACCAACCUGACAAAUUUACAAAAAGCAGAGUUGCAACGAGCUUUAGAAGAACAUCAGGGUAUUGAAAUUGUUGAGCCACCAGCACUGCCGUUUAAGAAACAGAGUACCAUUGAUUCAUGGUCAAGAUCAGGAGAUGGAAAGGUCCACGAACCAACUUUGCCUUCCAGACAGAGGACGUUGGAUUUUGGCCGCAGUAGUAUUUCUCGCCCUGAAAAGGUUGUGGCACGUCCUCAGCCACCCGACAAUAGUGCAUUCAUGGAAAAGCGAAAGAAGGCCCAGGAGCAGAUGCAACGUGACAAAGAGGCAGCAAUAGCAAAGGCUAGGGCUCUCCGUGCUCCUGCAGGUGUUCGUGGCGAAGGCUCUGGCCUGAAAGAUCUCGGUGGUGUUAUCGGUAAAGAUCAUGCUCCAGUCCGUAAUGAAAUAAUGGUUGGUUCGUCAUCGGAAGAGAGUGACGAUGACGACGAAGACGACGAAGACGAGACGGGUGCCCUCAUCAAGACUCGAAAGCAAAAGUCCAAGAUGGUCUCAGAAUAUGAAGAGAGCAAGAAGCGCGCCCUCAAACAGAUGCAACAAGGACCUGUCCGUAAGACAAAAAUACAAAGAUCCGCCAAAGAUCUUCGCGCUCGAGUAGAACCCAAUAUGGAUAAGCUGUACAUUGAAAUAUUGGAUUGGGAUAUUUUCCACCCAGGAGACACUCCCCCAACCAGCUCUGAAUACAGAAAGAUUGCAGACUCCUUCAUUGAGCUUCACCUAUAUAAGAAGACUUUUACGCCUUUACUCAUUUCCGAAGUAUGGCGAUCUCUGGUCACCGCCAAGGAAGAAAACAACUCCAAGCCCAUCGAGAUUACCGUCUUGAAUCGAUCAUCUGUCGACAAAUUCAUGGAAGUCAGUAUCAAGAUGCCUAUGACAAUGGAUCGGGACCGUAAGUUUGCUGAGCGAGACAUUGUGCUUCUUUCCAAAAGUUCGGAUCCAAUCAAUAGCCCGGAUGCGCCGCACUGUCUUGCCCGAGUAAGUCGAACGAACCGUAAGAAAGAUAUCAUUGAAUGUACACUGCAAGUGAGCCGGUCAAUCAACCAAACGCUGCUCCAAUCUCUCACUAUGAAUAGCAAGAUUCACGCAGCAAAGAUUGCUGAUAUGACAACUACUCAGCGAGAAUUUGCUGCUUUGAGCAGUUUGGAGUACUAUGAUCUGUGUAACGAGGUGUUGGAAGCGAAGCCUUCUCCGUUACAAAAAUAUUCGAGUGAUUCGAUAUCCAAGAUUUCAUCAACGUACGAUCUCAAUCCAGGACAAGCCAAAGCUAUUCUUUCUGCCGAUGACAAUGACGGGUUCACCUUAAUUCAAGGACCGCCAGGUUCCGGCAAAACCAAAACUAUCAUUGCUAUGGUCGGAACUCUUUUGACGAAGAGCCUGUCAGAGCAAAAGGCGGCCCAAUCCAGAGCUGCCGCACCUGUAACCGGCCGAGCUGCUGCUACCCCGCCAUCCGCCCUGCCUAAGAAGAAGCUGCUGAUUUGCGCGCCCAGUAAUGCAGCAGUUGACGAAUUGGUAGUCCGUCUCAAAAAAGGGAUUGUAACUAGGACUUUGGAUGGGAGACCCGGUAAACCUCAGAAGAUCAACGUCAUCCGUAUUGGAAGAAGCGAUGCUAUCAAUACAGAUGUCAAGGAUGUCAUGUUGGACGAGUUAGUGCGACAGAAACUUGAAGGAGACGAUGGGGAGAAAAACAAGCUCUUUCAAGACCGAGAUAAGCUCCAUCAAGAAGCUGGAGCAAUCAAAGAGCAGCUCAACUCAAUCCGACCGCAAAUGGCAGAGGCUCGGGAGAAGGGAGACAAGUCGGGAGAACUUGUACUCCAACGGCAAUUCGACGAGCUGAAGCGCAAGCAAGCACAAAUUGGCAACAAAAUUGACGAGGAUAAGCAGAAUGGGAAUACCAGUUCAAGACAAAAUGAAAUCAACCGACGACGCUACCAACAAGAGAUCUUGGAUGGGGCCCACGUUGUGUGCGCUACACUUAGUGGAAGUGGACAUGACAUGUUCCGAAAUAUCAAUGUCGAGUUUGAAACGGUCAUCAUUGAUGAAGCAGCUCAAUGUAUUGAGUUGAGCGCGCUGAUCCCCCUCAAAUAUGGUUGCUCCAAGUGUAUAUUGGUAGGAGAUCCAGAGCAACUACCUCCAACUGUUCUUUCAAGAUCUGCUCAGAGUUAUGGUUAUGAGCAAAGUUUGUUUGUCCGCAUGCAAAAGAACCACCCUCAGGAUAUACAUCUUCUGGAUACACAAUAUCGUAUGCAUCCAGACAUCAGUAGUUUUCCUAGUCAAGCCUUUUAUAACAGCAAACUUCUGGACGGCGAAGGUAUGGCUGCAUUACGACAGCAACCAUGGCAUGCAAGCACGAUAUUAGGACCUUACCGAUUUUUUGACGUCGAGGGAGUACAGACUACACAUUCGAGAGGUCACUCCUUCAUCAACGUGCCGGAAUUGAACGCUGCCCUUCGGCUUUACCGUCGAUUAAAGGCAGAUUAUCGAAAUCACGAUUUUACUGGCAAGAUUGGUAUUAUCACUACUUACAAAGCUCAGCUCAUCGAGUUAAAGAUUCGCUUUGAGAGAGAUUUCGGACCUGAAAUCUUUGAUGAGAUUGAGUUCAACACCACCGAUGCGUUCCAAGGUCGUGAGCGGGAGAUUAUCAUAUUUUCUUGUGUUAGAGCCAAAGCUACUGGGGGUAUUGGUUUCAUGAAGGAUAUCAGACGUAUGAACGUCGGUCUCACACGAGCAAAAUCUUCCUUAUGGGUUCUCGGAGACUCGAGAGCAUUACAGCAAGGUGAAUUCUGGAAUCGAUUGAUCGUGGAUGCCAAAGCUCGGAACAAAUACACGGGUGGUGAUGUAUUAAAGUUACUCUCCAAGCCUACCUCUCGACAGCCAAUUACCCCUCUUACCAAGCCCACACCAUCGAAUAGUAACCAGCCAUCGGCUGCACCGUCUCCAGCAGCAUCAAUGCCACCCAUCACGUUGAUUGAAGACAAUGAUAUCGAAAUGACAGAUGCGCCAAGUUUUAGCAACUCCCAUAAGCCAUCAACAAGCUCAAGCUCUAGUGUCGUCAGUUCCAGCGUCAGCAGCAAGAGUAAGCCCCCGUCCAUGGCUGGGAAGUCUUCGAGUAUGGACCCCCACGGAACCAAACGACGUAGGGAAUCCCUCAAGGAUGAGGAACCUCAUAUAGACAAGAAGGUAAAGGGCCCCCCCGCUUUUUCCCCCUCGGCGGUUCCUUCCCGUCCCUUCUUACUUUUUUCUAACGAACGGCAUAGGCUGCCCCGCUCAAGAAUCCCAAGGUUCCUGACCUCGAUGCGGCGCUCCGAGCGCAGGAGGCUAAAAAAGCAGCUCCGGGCAUGACACGCCCGCCUCCGAGACCGCCUGGUAUGGUUCCGCGGAAGAAGGCAGCUGCGGAUCCGUUUAUUCAGAGGAAACCUCCUAAGAGGAGCUAGGCUAGUUAAGUGGUGGGUUGUGCGUUGGGGUGUAUGUGUACGUAUAGUGGGGGUCUUGUUGCGGGUUUCACGAGAGCGUUAGAGAAGGGCGUUCUUUUUAAAAAGGAUUGAUGAUGAGGGGAUUGAUGACGGGAGGAUGGAUAUUCCAUUCUUCUGCUUUCCAUGUUGUUGUGGGGAAGUGAGGAAGAGGAAGAGGAAGAGAUGAAAAGAUCGGAGUGAGGUGGAGUGAUUUGGGAUUGGGAUUGGGAUUGGGAUUGUAUUUUAGAAGGAGUGGGUUCUUUUGUGCGUAUAGUAGCAUAUUUAACAUACCUUGCAUAUGGUA